CACGUUGUGAUCGCUGUUGUAAUGGCUCGCACCAAGCAAACUGCUCGAAAAUCUACCGGUGGAAAGGCUCCACGGAAACAGUUGGCGACCAAGGCUGCUCGCAAGAGUGCACCGGCCACUGGCGGCGUGAAGAAACCUCAUCGUUACAGGCCUGGAACCGUUGCUCUUCGUGAAAUCCGAAGAUACCAGAAGAGCACGGAACUUCUGAUCCGUAAAUUACCGUUCCAACGUCUGGUUCGUGAGAUUGCUCAAGACUUCAAGACCGACCUUCGAUUCCAAAGCUCCGCCGUCAUGGCUUUGCAAGAAGCCAGCGAAGCUUAUCUCGUCGGUUUGUUCGAAGAUACCAACCUCUGCGCAAUUCACGCCAAACGUGUGACCAUCAUGCCCAAGGACAUCCAGCUGGCUCGUCGUAUUCGUGGAGAAAGAGCUUAAAUCUUUUUUUCCCAAAAAAAAUCGGCCCUUUUCAGGGCCCAAAUUGUUAGGCGUGGUGCUAAAUUUCUUGUUCAACUUGUACGUUUUAUAAAAACUACAUAAUUCAGAACAGUUUUUCAGCAGUUUGAUAAAAAACUAA